CAAUCUGCUAAAAGCUGGCUGAUCAAAGACAGAUUGGCUGUGGGUGAUUUUUUUGUUAAUAUUUAUUUUAAUUUUGUUCUUGCAAAGCUCAGGCAAAGCUGAGGCGGGCGAAGCAGAAGCAAACAGUAACCUCUGCUUUGCAAACGUAAGCUUUUCGCUUUUUACUUUGUCUGCUUCGGGAGGGGAGGACUUGUAACUAUUUCCAUAAGGCUCUACAGCAUUGGGGCACGUCCUCCCUCUUUUCCUCCCCUCCCUCAAUCCUUGAUUUUUUUAAUGUCCCCCUCUUUUUUCAAGAAGAAGAAGCGAAUUUUUCUUCUCGGCUGUAACAAGCUCUCAAGACCAGAGGCUUCUUUCUUAAUGCCAGCUCGGUUGGUUUAAGAAGAUUCGCUGCGUUGUGACAAGGACGCCACGCCAAGCAAGACUCGACUCUCUUUCUGCUCUCCAUGUACUGUGCCAUUCAAAGAAGUUUUGCUUACUGAGAAGCUCCGUGGAAAGAAGGCGGCGGGGGCAGAAAACUGCACUGAGAGAAAGAGAGCGAGAGCGAUCGAACUACGCUUACAGAGAUAAGGCACACUGCAAAAAGAAAGAGACUUUAAAGUGUCAGAAACCUCCAGAAGAGACUUAAAGCAAUGACUACAGAGCUGGCCAUUAAUGCAGAAUUGCCUACCAGUCCGCUUGCCAUGGAAUAUGUCAAUGAUUUUGACCUGAUGAAAUUCGACGUGAAGAAGGAACCAUUGGGAGCCGAUCGCACUGUGAGACAUUGCAACCGCUUACAGCCGACCGGAUCAGUCUCCUCUACCCCCAUCAGCACCCCUUGUAGCUCGGUGCCCUCCUCCCCAAGCUUCAGCCCCACCGAGCAGAAAACUCACCUGGAAGAUCUGUACUGGAUGGCGAACAGCUACCAGCAACUCAACCCGGAGGCUUUGAACUUCACCCCCGAGGACGCGGUGGAAGCCCUGAUCGGUAACGCGCACGCCGUCCAGCAGCAGCUGCAGGGCUUCGAGAGCUUCAGAACCCACCACCACCACCAUCACCACCACCACCAGUUCCAGGGGGUGAGUCCGGACGAAAUGGGCAGUGGCAACGGGCACCAUCAACACCACAACCACCACCAACAGCACAGUUCCCCGGCCUCAUCGACCUCCUCGACCUCUCAGCAGAUCCAGAGCUCCCCUCAUCACCAGGGCCUCCUGGCCGAGGACAGGUUCUCCGACGACCAGCUCGUCAGCAUGUCGGUGCGGGAGCUCAACAGGCAUCUCCGGGGCUUCUCCAAGGACGACGUGAUCCGCCUGAAGCAGAAGAGGAGAACCCUGAAGAACAGGGGCUACGCACAGUCGUGCAGGUACAAGCGUGUGCAGCAAAAGCACCUGCUGGAGAACGAGAAGACCCAACUCAUCCAGCAGGUAGAGCAACUCAAGCAAGAGGUGUCCAGGCUGAUAAGAGAGCGAGACUCCUACAAACUCAAGUGCGAGAAACUCGCCAGCAAUAGCUUCAGAGAGGCUGGCUCCACCAGCGACAACCCGCCGUCUCCAGAAUUCUUCAUGUGAGUCUGCAGUCGCCUGCCAUCCUCCAUCUAUAACACCCCAUCCAUAUGCCUGCUUGAGAAUUGUUAAGAGAGCGAGAGAGAGAGAGAGAGAGAGAGAGAGAGAGAGAGAGAGCGAGAGAGAGAGAGAGAGAGAGAGAGAGAGAGAGAGAGAGAGAGAGAGAGCAAGAGA